AUGCCUCUCUGCUUCCUCUCCCGCCUUCCUCCUCCGCCAAUCAUCACUUGCCGCGUGUCCCAAUCCUCACCCCGCUCCCUACCUCCAACUCCGUCUCAAUCACCGUCACUCUCAGUCUCAGUGAGCCCUAACUCAACUCCACCGCCGCCGCCGCUAACCUGCGCCCUCCACUGCCCACACUUCGAAUUGUGCUCCGGCUGUACUCACGAGCUCAAUCUCCACCGUCCGGCCGUCGUCGACGAGGCCACUGACUUCUUCAAGUCCCUAGGCCUCUCCGAUUUCACAUUCGACAGCUGCAAGCUGUGGGGAUGGCGGUGCCGGGCGAAAUUGGCCGUCCGCGGCGCACCGGAGAAUCCUCUGAUUGGGCUCUAUCAGGAGGGCACUCAUAAUGUGAUUGAUAUUCCUGACUGCAAAGCGCAUCAUCCGAAUAUUAAUGCCGCGGUAGAGCUCCUCAAGAGAGGGAUUACUGCACUGAGGAUUGAGCCGUAUGAUGAAGAUGAGGGGACUGGUGAUUUGCGAUAUGUGCAGAUGGCCGUGACAACAUACAGUACAUCCCUUCCUGCUGCCGAGAGAUAUAGAAAUGGUAAAGUCCAGGUAUCUUUAGUAUGGAAUUCAAGAAACGAAACCUCCCCAAAUUCAGAGAAACUGCAAUCGUUGGCCAAUUUUAUAUGGAGGAAUGGUGGGCCAAAGAACAAUGUCCAUCUGAUUCACUCUGUGUGGGCUAACUUCCAGACAUCAAGCAACAAUAUAAUCUUUGGGAAUAGAUGGAGACAUCUUUUAGGAGAAAGAGACUUUUGGGAACAUGUGGGAGGAAUUGAUAUUUCCUUGGCUCCUUCCAGUUUUGGCCAAGCAAACACACGGGCAUUUGAUACCCUGCUCCGGAAGCUACAAAGAUACGUCCCUCUUGGAGCAUCUGUUGCUGAUUUGUAUGCAGGAGCGGGUGUUAUCGGAUUAUCAUUGGCUGUUACAAGAAAAUGCAGGUCUGUGAGAUGCAUUGAGAUUAACAAAGAAUCAAAGCUAUCCUUUGAGAAGACAGUUGAACGCCUGCCAAACUUAAUAGAUAGCAGCAUCAGCUGGCAUCAUGCAGACACUUCCAAGGAACCUCUUUCCUGGAUCAUGGGAUCGGAUGUACUUAUUGUUGAUCCUCCUAGAAAGGGUCUGGAUGCAUCUCUUAUUGAUGCAUUGCGGAAUAUAUCUUCAAUAAAGGAGAAAGCUAGGUCAUCACCUGAGAGUUCAAGCUCAAAGGAUAAGGAUGAGAAGAGACCAUGGAUGCUACGCGCAAGAGAAGAUUCAAUUCAGAUUGGAAGCAAAAUGACUUCAGAGGAUAGCAAGGUGUUGCCGAAAACCCUUAUUUAUAUAAGUUGUGGAUGGGAAAGCUUCAAAGAGGAUUGUGAGGAUUUGUUGUCAAGUAAUGGAUGGCGGUUGGAAAAAGCCCACGGCUUCAAUUUUUUCCCCGGCACACAGAGCAUCGAGGUUUUAGCUGUGUUCAAGAGGGGCCAAGCAGUAAACCCAAAGAAAAAGAAAUCAGGAAAG